AUGGAUGAAGCUGCGGCAAUGUUUUCUUUCUUGGCAUCAUCUGGAGCUUUGCCAAAAACACACGUUUUUUAUGAACAAGUGCAUUCGUUUUGUUCGCGUGCAUUGGGACUUGUUGAUGAUCCUUUACUUCCUACACUUUAUUUCGCACUUACUCGCUUUCAAAGCGCUAUACAAUUUAACAGUAAACCUGUAGCUUCAUACCUUCUUACCGGGCGUGGUAAACAUGGGAUUGGGAGGCACACACAGCAGACAAUGCACGAAUUUGUUGAAACGCACAAUCUAAGUUUUCUUAGUCCGCGAACUGUUGUAAGAAACGCACCUCCUGGCCAUUUUUCAAGCGGUGUAAUCAAGGAAGAUGUCGAACUAUGUAUUAAAAUGUGUAUCGAAAAAGAAUGUUUGUCGAUUAAAAAUUUGCUGGUACAAGGCUAUCUUUGUUGCGUAUCGACAGACGAAAUGGCAAUAAAACCGGCGUUGGAAUAUUCCGCUAUGCAUCGUUCAAUUGUUGGACUUGUGGAUCCUGAACAUAUUUCUUAUGAAGAUGUAGAAACUUUAGCAGCGGCUUCGAACGAGGAGGUUGUUAAAUAUCUUGUCGAGCAUGAGUUUGUUACACAGGCAAGAGAAGUUCGAGUAGCGUCUUUGGAUGAUAAAGUAGACUUUCCGAUAGGCGUAUUCUAUGGCGGAAAUAAGGGUGGAGAAGUCCAUAUACAAUCUCUUUUUGAUAAAAUCAUAAAUGUGACAGAGCGUUGCUUAAAUUGUCUUAAAGAAGAUACGAAUUGUGUAUUUUACUGUGAAAACUGUUUUGCAAAUAAAGAGGUAGACGAAAAAUGCUCGGAAGCUGGGUACGUUAACUGGCAUCCACUUCUCCGGCCAUGUGAAGCCUGUCUUCGAGAUGGUCAAGUUUGCACCAGACUUAUACCUAUUGCCUGGUCCACUGACUGUGAUCCGAAGCAAAAGAGUUUUAUGAACACAAUGCUUAAUAGUAGAGACAAGUAUCCAUACCAUGUUCCCAUCCCUGAUUGUCCUCACAACAUCAAAUCCGUUCGAUCUUCAGAAUUUUGGCACUGGAUAGAUAUCAAUGGUUUUCUUAUCAACGUUAGGCUGUUAUUGUUGCUCCGAAGAGAAAGUGACGAAAUGAAGAAAAGCGUUACAUUGAAAGCAUUACGCAAUAAAGAUCGCAUGGAUGUAGAAACCGCAGUAGAAAUACAUCGACAGAAAGUUCAGGACAAUAUCACAGAGAAUUUGUUAGCCACUACGUUGAUUCCCGAGCUUGAAUUUAAGAACUGGAAACGAAAUGGUUCUGGUACUCUUGAAUAUCCAGUUGGUAUUGCGUUUCUACCUAAGUAUAGCAAGCUUUUUGUAACGGAUCGCUUGCGUCAUGCUGUACUAAUGGCUGAUGUGCACUGUCCAGUGAACGUAUCUUUGAUUGCAGGAGGAGUCGAACCUGGCUACAGUAAUGGGCAUGGAAGGAAAGCUAAAUUUCGAAAUCCUGCUGGUAUUGUGGCUACUGAUGAUUUGUUGUACAUCUGUGACCAGGGAAACAGUAAAAUAAGAGUUGUGAACAUCAGAUCACUUUUUUGCCACGCAUCACAGAUACCCAGUGAUGAAGAUCAUAGUGACAAUAAUGACGACGACUGUGCAACGCGACGGGUACGCCAGGUCCGAAUCGAAGACUUAGUUCUCACUUCCGAAAAUGAUGUGCCAGGUUUGCAAUCGCCAUUCGCUCUGUGUGCUUCAAAGACACCUGAACUUAGUCUCUUUGUGUCUGACGUCAAUCUGCACAAAGUCUUCCGGAUUUCGGAUAUACAACGAAUUGAGGAGGAUAUGCAUGGAUUAAUUAAAGAAUUGGCGACUUUUGGAAGAUCUAGUGUUCUUUUGUCUCUUUCUAUAACGAAUGACAACCGUCGCCUUCUGAUUGGGGAUAGUGGAGAAAUUCUGUCAGGUAUUCACAUUUGUGAUGUAGGAGAUGGACAUCUUAUCAGAACAGUCUCGGGCAUUUCUGGUCCCACGGGAAUUGCAGUUACUGAUGCAGGAAAUGUAUUUGUUUCAUCUGGAAGGGAACAUUCUAUUUAUUACUUCAGAGAAACUGAGUUUGUAGAAGGUGACAAUCGACCAUUAAAGAUCUACGGAGGAGAUAGACCAGGACAUUGCGAUGGAACA